AUGGAUCUUGAAUAUACUGUAACAGAAACUGUAAUAACUCUUAGUGGUUUAGUCAUUGAAAUUAAUUAUGAAUUUGAUGAAAUAACAGUAGAAAAUGUGAAACGUGGUACAAGCGUUAAACAAGAACGUCGCAGUCGAUCAUAUGUUGCAAAUAUUACACGUGAACAUUAUAAUGCAUUAGUUCGUAGAACACCAGGUGCAUUAGAAUUUGAUGAAUUUAUUCAUGUUUUGCGUCCAUUUAUGAUGGGAUUUUAUAAACACAAUGAAUUAGAAAGAGCAUUUCAUAUUUUAGAUAAAGAUCGCUCGGGUACUGUUCAUGUUAAUGAAAUAAGUAUGUUUUUACCCGUAAUAAAUGAAUCUGCAACACAUGGUAUGUUAAAAAAUUAUAUAAAACAAGUUCAUUCGAAUGUUGACAAUAAUUUAAAUUAUGAUGAAUUUCGAGCAUUGAUCUUAAAAGGAAUUGGCCGUGAUAUACUUUGCCAUAGUGGAUGA